GUUAAGCAGCCGUUCGGAGCUCAGAAAUCGCGUUAAAAAGUGUGAAAUUUUUCAAAUUUUCGGCCUUUAUCGUGCGCGGUAAGGAUACACUCAACUCCUGUGGUCGUUCUUGUUGAGAAAGUAAACCCGGAAGGUGCCACAGUCUUGGAGAACCGCUACGGCAACCGCAUCCCAAAGAGGUCCUCGGAAAGACGGGUCUGAGGAAGUGAGGAGGUGCAGAAGAAACUGGUGCAAAUUCGUGGCUAGCUGGCAAGGGAUAAUCGGCAAGGGCUCUAAACUUUAGUGAAUAUUCCCUGGUUCCUCAUCUCCGCCAAACUUUCGAUAAUCCGCCAGGAUUAUUAGGUGCGAGUGCAAAGUUGUUGUGUGGUGCCUUCCGUGUGUUUCAGGUGCCGGCUCGACCAACGUUGUCGACAACGUGUCAGGUCUACUUUCGCAGGCCGGGUUUCGCAAAGUGAGUGAGUUCGUGUCCGUGUCGAAAUUCGGUUCAUCCUGUCGCAGCCUACUUGCUUAGCGUUGGGUUCCCUCGGUGAUCGGGAAAGUGAAGGAACCGCAAGAUGGGAAAGGCCAAGAAAGGCAAGCAGGAAGUCGUCUCGGCUGCGACCGGCGGCAGUGGGCUAGAGGAGAACGAACCAACUGAGAUCAUCCAGCAGACUGAGGUGACGGAAACGGAGCUAGAAAACCGGAAGAAUGAGGGUAAAAAGUCGAAGAAAGGAAAGAAGGCCAAGAAGGCAGCCUCGGAGAGCGAUGAAGAGGCCGGUGGCGAACAGGACGACCCCGUGGUGGCCCCGGUAGUGGAGGCCGUGAAGAAGCUGGCCGUAAGCAACAAGGCGAGCAAGAAGGAGAAGAAGGCGGAAAAGGCUGCUGCUGCUGCGGCAGCGGAGUCCGGCGAUGAAGAGCAGGACUCUGAGGCAAAGUCAAAGAAGCAGAAGGGCAAGGCGGCCGGUCCCGUUGGCUUUUCGUUGCUUAUGAUGGACGACGAUGACGAGGAGAACGAGGAAGACGCCGGCCGUAACGAUGAUGACGGUGAGGAAAAGCAGGCGCAGAGCAAGAAGAGUGCCAAGAGUGGCAAGAAGGCAAAGGCCGCCAGCAAAAAGGCUGAGGAAGCCGCCACGCCAGUGGAGGCCAAGGAAACGGAAGCUACCGAAACCACGGAGGGUGGCAAGGCCGGAAAGAAAAGCAAAAAGAAGAAGAAGAAAGCCGAUGAGGAGGAUGACGAGAUCGAGCGAAUGUUGGCCGAGCUAAACAUGGAAUACUCGGGUCAGAAGGCACCGGAAGAACCGCAACAGUCCCAGCAACAACCAUCGGAAUCGAAGAAGAAGGAUAAAAAAAAGAAAAAAGACACAUCCGAGGCUGAAACUGGGGCCACGGAGGAGCAGGUGGCCAGCGAAGAACCGGCGACCGGUGGAGCCCCGGUAAAGACGGCGGCUGAAAAGAAGAAGGAGAAGAAAGAACGUCAAAAGGCCGCCAAGGAGGAUGGGCAGCCAUCGGCCGAGGAUCCACCAGCGGUUAGCACGGCGCCUGAGCCGGAGACCAAGAAGGGUGGCAAAAAGAAGUCCGGUGGUAAGAAGGAAGAGGCUGCUACUACAACCGAACCUGCAGAGAAGGAGGAACCCACUGCCAAGUCAGCUACGGAUGAAGCAGCAACGGAUGGAGCUAGUGGUACGGCCACUACCGCCUCAGCCGCUGAUGGAAAGAAGAAAAAACCGAAUAAAGCGGCUCUGGCCGUGAUGCAGGAGCGAUUGAAGGCCAUCCGUGAGGAAGAGGAGCGAAUGCGUAAGGCGGAAGAAGAGAAACGAUUGCUCGAGGAGCAAGCGGAAGCGUACCGGUUAGAGCAGUUGCGAUUGGAGCAGGAACGCAAGGAGCAAAAGAAGCAAAAGGAUAAGGAGCGUCGGGACCGGCUAAAGGCUGAAGGAAGGCUACUGACGGCGAAGCAGAAGCAAGAUCGGGCUCGGGCACAGGCCAUGCUUGAAGCACUGAAGGCUCAGGGUGUUGAGAUACCGGAAGCAACGGCGGAGAAACGGGUGCGACCGGGUACGCGCAUUCGACCGAAGAAGAACCAAGAGAAGGAAUCGGAAUCGAAGGAAGCGUCUCCGGGUGACGGUGACGAGAAGGAACCGGAAAUCAAGGAAGAAGAAGUGCCAAAAGUAAAGGAAGUGAAAGAAUCUUGGGAUGCAUCGGAUAGUGAAGAGGAAGAGCCAGCGAAGGAAGAGGAACAGCAGGCCCCGGCCAAGGUGGAAGCGCCUGCGAAGGGCUCCGAGGCGAAGCAAAAGCAAAAGCAAAAGUCUGUCGAUGAGGACGAAGACGGCGAUAACGAGGACGAUGACGACGAUGAUUCCGAGGACGACGACGACGACGAUGAUGAUGAUGAUGAUGAGGAGUCGGACUCGGAUGAAGAUGAUUCCGAUUCCAGCUCCGAAGCGGGCAAUCGAAGAAAGGAAGCGGAAAAAAUGCGCCAACGGGCGUUGGAUCGGAUUGCAAAGCGAACGCAGGACGCGGAAAA